AUUUGUUUGGACGACUAUGGCGGAUACUGAAUACAACAAAUAGUUCUCUAAGUUCAAUUUUUCUACUAACAUUUAAUUGAAUUUCUCUGGAUUCCUUUUAUAAAUUAAUAAAAAUUUUGUGGAAUAUAUCAACCAUUAUUUUAAGCACCUACUUAUGACAUUUUGACGACUGAAUUUAACGAAAAUGCGGUAAAGGACACAAAAAAGCAGCCGAUGUUGAAACGUGUUCUUAAUUAUGUCAAGUUCUACAAGUGAUGUAAACAAAAGACGUCGAAUUCAUCACGAUUAUAGAAGAUUAUCUUCCUCAGGAUACGUUGACGAUUACACAUCCACUCAAAGAGAUUUAAAGUAUGCAAUUGAAAGUAGCGAAAUAAAUCAAUCUAUGUCUACAACCACGGAUAUGUCUGAUAAUCAACAAAAACUGAGACAAAAGAAGGACUUUCCCAGCUCCUCAGUGAAAAUGAAUUCUCUGAAUGCUUCAGGAAGACCUAAACAUUGUACUGAUAUUUCUCGUCGAACUGAGCGUUUAAGGUAUACCAACCGAUUGGUCUCAGAAAAGCGAGAAAAGCCUGACCCUACCAAUCGGGGUAUUCAACAGAAAAACCUUGAAGAAGGUGUAAAAGGUGACCUGAAACUCUCGGAAAAAAAUUCGCCGGUCUGCCAUGAUCAAUUUUCAAACGAAACCCCCGAAAAAUGUUCAUCUUCAAAAAUGAAUCGCUCUCCUAUAGUUAAGGAAAUGUCGAAUGAUAUUUAUCCAGAAACAGAUAAAACAUCUGAGAUAAACUUGACUAAGAAUAAUGAACUAGGAGAUUGUACAGAAAAAAACCAGGAAGCAUCAAUGGAACUUCCUGAAUCCAUGGAAAAAUCUUACAAAUUAUCUAGUCGUGAUGCUACUAUUGGCCAUAUCUUAACAACCUGUACGAAAGAAAAAUUUAUUGAUAAAGUACACUUGACUGUUGCAACGUCCGCUGUUGGAGAAUCUAAUGUCCCUUCGAAAACACCAAAUGAUCAAUUAGUUUCCCAAGAAAACGCUGAAAAUAAUAGCUCAAUAAAUAUUUCAAAGGGGGCUACUGUUAAAAAUGGUAAGAUUGAAUAUAUAAAUGACCAAGAUGCUGUAUUAAAAGAAAAUGGCAACGAUAAAUCAGCUGUUAACCCUAAUGAUAGCGAAAAACCUCAUAAAUCUGAAGAGAAUACAAGUAUUCAGAAAGAGGGAAAAAUGAAUACUUCAUCACCCUUGAUCAAAGUAGAAAAUUCCAAUUCGAAACCAGUUUUACAUAAACAAGAGAAAAAAAAUCCGGAUAUGUUUACUCUGAUGCAAUUAUAUAAGCCAAAGGAGGAGAAAAACAUGAUGGGGAAAAGUGAGACGAAAAAUAUUCCAAAGCUAAAUAUAUUAAAAGAUUCAAUGUCUUUGAUUUGUACUGACUUACCGCAAUCUCACAGAUUAAAAAGCAAAGUAAAUAAAGAAAAGGACACCACUCAGGACCAAUCUAUUUACUUGAACAAAGAUGGGCAAGGAAAACACUCAAAAUUUCUUACAUCUAAGCAAGAAUCAUCAUCAAAACUUAGUGACAGUGACGCAAAAAGAGAGAGACAAAAAGUAAAAUCUACCUCUCCAAAAUCAGGCACUAAUCAUUCCCAUAAAAGAAAAAGGGAAAAAGACCAAAAUAGUUCUAUGAUAAUAGAACAGGCUAAUAAUCAAGAGGAAAAAGAGGCAAAAUUUGGAAAUUCCGCCUCAAACGACUGUAAACGAGUCUCAGAAAAUCAGGAGAAACGGGACAAAGUCAGUAUCUCGUCCAAAAAGAAACACAAGCAGAAACAACUCAAGGAUCACUUAUCAAAUGUUACCAUCAAAGAUGUAUCAGAUAAUGAAUGUAAGAAAGUAAAAGUUGUGAAAGUAUCCUCAAAGAAGAACAAAUCAUUAGACUCAGAGGAAUCAAGCAAAUUAUCAGAAAAGAAGGAAAUAAAGAAAAAGAUGGGUCCUUUAUCGAAGAAAGAAAUGGAAAGUAUCGAGAAUAGUCCGACUUGCGCUGGGAAUUCAAUACCAUUAAACAGAAAUGAUACAUAUGGUGAUCCGGAUAAAAAACCGGAAUCAGAACAAAAACAAUCCAGUAAAACUUCAUUAACACCUGCAAGAAAGCACUAUAAAGAGCAGAGCCCAGUCAAAAAAAUUCAAUCAAAUUCUGAUAAAGUUGACUGCACACCAACUAAUGAAAUGAAUAAUAAACCAAUAGUGAAAAGUGAAAGCUUUAACAUUGACAAAAAUAAAUAUGCAGUCACUCUACCUGGAAUCUCUUCUGUUGAGGCUGUACAAAGAAAAAGGAAAAUACUAAUAGAGAGUAGUGAUUCUUAUUUAUCGUCAGAUGAUGAUGAAUUCUCUUCCAAACAAACUACGAAUAAAAUAGCAAAACAAAAUAAGCCGAAAAAGAAAAAAAAGAAGUCAAAAGAAGAGCCAAAAAAACAAAGGUUUAACCCGGCUACUGUGCAAGCGGCCAAAAUUGAUCGUAAAGCUUUUUUGAUGAGCAAAACGUCGCUUCACAAAAAAAUUUCAUCUGAUAAAGAUCUUAUACGGGUUGAGGUUAAUCCGAAUGGGGGAGCUUCGGUGCUACACGUUGAAUCUGAAGAUUUGCAGGAUUUUUCGGACGAAAAAAUGGAAGAGUUUGUGGAUUUCUUUUUUAGAAAGUUAUUUAACGAAACUGAACCAGGUGUUUGUGAUCACGUGAUGGGUAUAAUUCACGGAGCUGCGGCCUAUCUACCAGAACUAAUCCAUUACUUUGCCGAUAAUUUUGGAUCCAUGUACGUAAAAGUAGGUGUAUUUGGGAGAAGCAGCGAAUUGGAAACGACAACGAUGGAGCAAUAUAGAGAGAAUGUUUUGCGCAGCUACUCAUAUGGUACUCACCGAGCUGGAAAUCUCGAUCAAACGUCCCUCGUUGGCACUGUACAUGAAGAAAGCGGGGCCUAUUUCCCCCAAUUUUUAGAUGCUCUCGAAGCUGAACCUUUUCUGAGAGCUGUUAUGCCCUGGGGUAGAUUAUCGGCCCUAGAAGGUCUCGAACGAAAUCGAAGUAAUGAUGGACCUAUUUUAUGGUCUAGACCUGGAGAACAAGUUGUUCCAACAGCCGAAUUAUGUAAAUCCCCAAUUAAGCAGCGAAGGAAAGGAGUAAAUGAACUGAAAAAUUUACACUACUUACCUCGCGCAACAGAACGACGGGAACAGCUGAUUGAAGACCGCACUCGAGCUCAUGCUGAUCAUGUGGGACAGGGACCAGAUAGACACACUACUGCUGCUGUUGGGGUCCUGAAGGCGAUACAUGAUUCACCCAUUCAGCCCCCAACAUACCAGAAUAGAAUCGUUAAAGACGUUGUCUGCUUUGACGCAAGCAAUUUUAUACAAGUUGUUAAUGAUUUGCAGCUGGACCUACAUGAGCCGCCUGUAUCCCAGUGUGUGACUUGGGUUGAAGAUGCGAAAUUAAACGAAAUGAGACGAGCGGGCAUCAAGUACGCACGCAUAUCACUGCGGGAUAAUGAUAUUUACUUUAUCCCAAGAAAUAUUGUUCAUCAGUUUAAAACAGUAUGUUCAGUGACAUCUCUAGCCUGGCAUGUUCGACUAAAGGAAUAUUAUCCUGAAAAAACUAAAUAAUGUCCAUAUAAGAAGACCGAUAUUUUAUAGUUAAUGAGGGUUAUUGUACAGUACAAAAGAUAAAAAUAAACUGAAAGACAAAUAAUGCAUAUUUUACGAAUCAAGAGAUGAGAGUCCUUCGAGCUCCAUCUGUACUUUUCUCUUGAAGAAACUACUGCGAGUUGUUAAUCACUAUGAAAAUUAGUUAUUCAAAUCGCGAAUUGUCCAGUCUCGGUCGAUUGAGUACUGAUUAAUUAUUACUAUUGGUAAGGUUUCACUAAGCAUGUAUGCUGCGUUUAUUUUUUUACUUCAUUCGGAAUUCAAGACGAAACAGGCCAUCGAGCAACUUGAUCUUCUGUAAACCGACCGACUCGAGUGGCUAUCGAAGGUGAAAAGUUUGCUUUUAAAUCCCUGCAUUAUAUACAGAGCAACGUGUAAAUAAAGUUCAG